UCAGCCUUCUUAUUGUCCGCACAUUCCGUGCUGAGGGAUUGCGAGUAUCGCUGUCAUUAUGACAAUCCGCUCAUUGUAACGGGGAUCUCGAGUGGAGUUUGAUAGGAGCUCGGUCACACACACGACCAUUGCCCGCGGCUGCCUUUUCUCGUCUUGUGUCGCUACUGCUGCUGUUGCUGUUAUUACGGAGAGAGAAGUUUAUGUGACUGUCACCGCCGAUCUCCUCAAUGAAGUCUCCUCUGCUUUACUGAAACCUCCUCCUCAGAUGCUUUCCUUUGCCCGCCCGGCGCCUCUUACCUUGGAUCGGGAUGGAUAAACACAUCUUGGCUCUGCUGCAACUUUUCCUGUCUCUGGUUUGUGGUGCGCAACAGCCCCUGCAACAAAAGUGCAAUGAAACACUUAUGUUGGAAAAUUUCCCAGAUUGCCGGAAAGAUUUUGAAGAAAAUAUGAAGAGAGUAAAUCCUACCCAGUGGUGUAACCUGACAGAAUUCAUUAUGUAUUAUGACAAAUUUUCUAAAUGCACGGAAAGUAAAGCUUUGAGUUAUGGUUGCUUUUGGCCAAACGGCUUGGCAGAAGAAUUUAUUACGGGGAUCCAUAAACAUUUCUUUUCAAACUGUACUUCAAAUAAAGUGACGUGGGAGGAUCCACCUGAUGAAAUACUUACGACUCUUAUUUUGAUUCCUGUAGUUUUGAUGGCAGCUAUGAUCAGUGUGGUAGUUUGGUGCAGUAAGAGAGGUGAUGUAUUUGGAUAAACUCUUUUUCCAGCCUCCUCAAACAGUUACUUUGACAAAAAAAAAAA